AGUAAGCAUUUGUAACGUCUGGUGGGUGGGUUAUUUCAGCUUUUACGUUUGCGCACGCUUAGGAGGUUCUGUGAAAUCGCGAGUAAGCUCGACCGCUCUCUCACUUUUUAUUACUCGGGAACGCGAAGUACGGGCUUGCUACAGACGGUUUCUAGUACUUCUGUGGCUGCUCUAGUCUAGCGAAAGCACCCGUUCUAUCCUCUCUAAGUAUAAACUAUGUCUGCGUCGGCGGCCAAAGCAAGUAAAAAAGAGCUCAACUCAAACCAUGAUGGAGCAGAUGAAACCUCAGAAAAAGAGCAGCAAGAAGCAAUUGAACACAUUGACGAAGUACAGAAUGAAAUAGACAGACUGAACGAACAGGCUAGUGAGGAAAUAUUGAAAGUAGAACAGAAAUACAACAAACUCCGCCAGCCUUUUUUCCAGAAGAGAUCAGAAUUGAUCGCCAAAAUCCCAAACUUUUGGGUGACAACAUUUGUCAACCAUCCACAAGUGUCUGCGCUUUUGGGAGAGGAAGAUGAAGAAGCACUUCAUUAUCUCGUCAGAGUUGAAGUGACAGAAUUUGAAGACAUCAAAUCAGGCUACAGAAUAGACUUUUAUUUUGAUGAGAAUCCUUACUUUGAAAACAAAGUUCUCUCCAAAGAGUUUCACCUCAAUGAGAGUGGAGAUCCUUCUUCAAAAUCCACAGAGAUUAAAUGGAAAACAGGAAAGGACCUGACAAAACGCUCCAGCCAAACGCCAAACAAGGCUGGCAAGAAAAGACAACAUGAAGAACCAGAGAGCUUUUUUACCUGGUUUACUGACCACUCGGAUGCUGGUGCAGACGAGCUUGGGGAAGUAAUAAAGGAUGAUAUUUGGCCAAAUCCCUUACAGUACUAUCUGGUUCGUGUUCCUGACAUGGAAGAUGAGGAGGCUGAAGGAGAAGAGGAUGAAGAUGAAGAGGAGGAGGAGGAAGGCUUGGAAGACAUUGAUGAGGAAGGCGAUGAAGAGGGGGAGGAUGAUGAAGAGGAGGAGGAGGGAGAAGGAGAGGAGGAUGAAGGUGAAGAUGACUAAACAGAUGACAAUUCCAUCCCUUCCCCUUUUUAUUUCUCACCAGCCCCUGGGAACAAGUUGCUGUCUUUUGUGCUCAGUCUCCUUGUUCUCCUACAGUCUUUCUCAGCACCAUUCAUUUUGACAAUUUACAUGAGCAAACUACAGUGGCAAUCUCUACUCCAUUAUCACCCUCAAAACUGAAAUGCACCAUGUUCUGUGAAGAAGUUUCCUUGCACUCUGCUGGAAAACUGAGUUUUAGAAACCUUGUGCAGUGGUUAAUAGAAUAUAGCUUCCCCUUUUAUAUAUUGGGCCCAGAGAUUACACUGUGUUUUCAUGUGAGUUAUGGACAAUUAGCAUUUACUUAAUCCAUACCUGUCUCUUGUAAAGAAUUUUGGGGUAUUUUGAGGUCAGGAGGUUGGGUUAGACAACGCUGGGUUGGGGUUAGAGGGCAUUUGACAACAUAACUUUAUGGUUAUGUUUAAUUGUAUUGUAAUGUUUUACAAACAUCCAAAACGUUUAAGAUGACACUUUUAAAUAUAUAUACUCAAAUGAUUUGAGCCCUGCCGCUUGGAGGAUCAGAAAACUUGUGUAGAAUCUAAUUUGGAAUCUACAUUCUUUAAUGUAAUUUUUUGUUUUGUUUUUGUUUGUUUUUUGGUUUGUUUCACUGGAAAGGAAAUAUGCUCAGUUUUAAACGUUCAAGUGUACAAGUUGCUUUGUUACAAUAAAACUAAAUGUGUACACAA